UCCUGCAAGACCGCGAAAAACGUCUACUGGGUGAGAGUAGUAGCCUAGAAUUAAUUUAAAAGUGGACUGUUCAUAUAACUGCUCUGUGCGAAAACGCUUAUUGAUAUGACUGUCAGUUAGUUAGCAUUUUACAGGAAAUCCCUUCAUCCAAUCUGUUACUUGGUGUGAUAAAAGAGGCGGCCCAUUUACUUUCAGCAAGCAAUCCGUACGAAAAGGAAAGCGCCAAGUUGCCGAGUUGCUUUUGAAGUUCUGUGAAAGCGUCUUAUAAUCAACUAAACAGAGCAAGCUCAUCAAGAAUGGCAGAAAGUAAACCUUCCAAAAAAACCUUCCGGUACUCAUUAAAUGGGAAGAAACUAUGCACUAUAUCUUCUGACAAUUCUUCAGAAGUGCUCAAUGCAUUGUUGAUAGACAGUGACUUUGAAAAGAUCCAUACCACCAAAGCUGGAAUGGAUCUAAUUAUUAAAAGAAAAAAGCCCAACAUUCCGGCUAUAGGUGUACGUUUCCCCUGUUGUCUACUUGAAAAUGAUGAGGAACUUGAAAUACGCUUCAUCAAACGUGACCAAAAAACAAAACAAAAAAAAACAAAAACCAGCCAACAUUUGCCGUUAGGAAAACCUGAAAAACUGGUCAUCUUCCAUGUCAGCACAACUGGCAAAAAAGGCUUAAAACGUAAUGUAGUAAUGGAAAACAAGAGACUUAAGAAUGAAGUGGAUUGUGUGUGUGUUGUUGGAGUCAAAGGAGAAACUGUAAAGGAUGCUCUACGAAGAGAUGGACGUUUUGCAGAGGGCUUAUUUACCAAGGACUUUGCUCUUGAAGAUGAUGAGAAGAUCAUCACAAAGAUGAAAAACUCUGUAGAUGAACUGAAAGAUCAUAAACUAUACAGCUUUGCUCUUAACAGCCCUGAUGUUAUACCUGAUAGUCUGGAAAUGCUGGAUGACCUUGAUGAUCAUCAAUCUCAAUCAUGUUCCAAAGAGGAUAUGGCUGAUUCACAUCCACUUUCAAGAAUAUCAGAUGGUCAGUCCUCAGGAAAGGCCUUAUUGGCCUCUGGCAAAAAGGAGAUGACCACCACUUCAAAGUCAAAGCGUACAAACAAAGUGGAAAUUCUGGGAAAAAUACCAAACACUGGGGAGAUUUUAAAGAUUCUACGUGAUCAAUUUGACAGUUUGGUACGGCAGCUUAAAGCUCGUGAGGGUAUUAAGAGUGCUGCACAAGUGCGAGAGCUCCUCAGAGAGGAAUUUUCAAAGGGAACUCAGGGUUUCUCUGAGAUAAAAACUUUAAAAAUGCUCAUGGAACGAAGUGCCUCUAUCUGCCAGGUCUAUUACAAUAAUCAAGCAUUAGGAACAGGGUUUCUACUCUUUGGCAGAUUCAUUCUCACUAAUGCACACGUCAUCACAGAUCAAAACAAAGAAAACCUUUUAAACAAUCUAAGUGUGUCAUUCAGUUUUGAAGAUUUUAGCCCAGAAAACAAAAAGCAUUUUGCAUUGAAGAGAAGGCCUAUAGCAUUUGAAUAUGUGUAUACCCCGCAACAAAGUGUGGACUUUGCUCUGUUGGAGCUAAAGAAGUCUCCUGAAGCAUUGCCUCCACCACUUCUUCAACACUAUAGUGCUCCACCAGUGAGAGGGGGAGUCUGCGUCAUAGGUCACCCAGACUCCGGUGUUAAAAAAAUGGACACGUGUCUCAUUAUUGAGCGUGAAAACCAGCUAAAGGCAGCUGAGAAACAUGCAGCAGAAAAUUUUGAUUUUUUUCAAGUCAUUAAAGACACAUACUUUAACAGGAAACAAGAGCUUGAUGGUUCUCAAAUUGAGUACAACAGCUGCUUUUUCUAUGGAGCAUCUGGAUCCCCUGUCUUUGAUGAGCACUGCAAUGUAAUAGGCAUGCACACAGGAGGGUAUGUGUACAAAACAACAAAACCAAUAGGCAGCAUCCUUGAAUAUGGAUUCCCUUUACUGCCCGUUCUGGUGUCUAUUCUCAGACAAACAAAAGAUGAACAUGUGUGGGAAUCCUUUUUGGCCGAAAAGAACACAAAACUAGUGAUUCAGUAUGCUGAGGACAUGACCUUUAGACCAGACUUAACAGGCAACCGUGCUUGGGAAAGUGAUCUGCAUGUGGACAGUUAUGAGGAAGAGGAUAAGGAAGAGGAUGAGGAUAAGAUUAAGGAAGAGGAGGAUGAGCACAUGGAUGUGGGAGAGGAGGAGGAAGAUGAUGAAGAGGAGGAGGCAGACAGUGAUGAGCAAGAGGAAGAGCAAGAUGAGGAUGAUGAAGAUGAUGAUGACACAGAAGGAAAAGCAAAGAAACGCAAAUUAAGUAUUUCGCAUUUCUUCAGAGCACAAAAUGGAAAUAACCCUCACACCUGACAAUACACAUUGUCCAGGAUGCUGUGGAAUCUUUUUAUGCCUUUGAUACCUAGGAUGUUUGCUUAUGUGUUCCAAUUAGGAUGGGUUGACACUAUUUAUAUUCAAAAAGUCAACAUAACAUUUACAAUGUCAUUGAAAGACAUGUUGGAUUUUGUAAGUUGUUUUUAAACAAAGGAUGUUACAAAAUAAAACGAUUUAGUGGCUUCUGACAAAUUAAUUGAUUGCAGUGAAAAAAUGUGACAGUGAAAAAUAUAUGAGCUCAAAGAUAAAACUGGACAGAAGGACAGAAUUAUUUCAAGACUGAACUAUGAACAAGAUUUUUACCUUGGAAUAUUUUCCCAGGACCACAUCUCCUCCCAACUCACACUCAGCACCGACUCCCCCCAGGGCUGUGUGUCGAGUCCCCUGCUCUAUUCUCUGUACACACAUGACUACCCCCCCCCCUCACCACCACCCACCCACUCUACAAACGGACGCAGACCCGUGGUUGGUCUCAUCUCAGGGGAGACGAGUCAGCCUAUCAGGAGGAGGUCCACAUACUGGUUGAGUGGUACAAGGACAAUAAUCUCAUCUUGAAUGCAUCCAAGACAAAGGAAUUAAUAAUUGACUUUCGUAGGAAAAGGGCAGACACGGAACCACUCCACAUUAAUGGGGAACAUGUGGAAAGGGUUCCUGUCUUCAAGUUCCUAGGCACACACAUCGCAGAGGACCUCUCUUGGACCACCAAUACCCACCACAUGGUCAAGAAAGCCCAGCAGUGACUCCACUUCCUGAGAAUCCUCAGGAAAAAACACCUGGAGGGGAAGCUGCUGGUGUUCUUCUACCACUGCUCCAUUGAAAGCGUGCUGGCCUACUGCAUAUCCACCUGGUAUGCCGACUGCUCAGCAGCGGAUACGAGGGCCCUCCAGAGGGUCAUUAACACCGCCCAAAAGAUCACCGGCUAUGCCGUGCGCUCCCCGUAGGACAUCUUCAGUUUCCGCUGCUUCACAAGAUCUGCCAACAUUCUGAAAGACCCCUCACACCCCGGACAGCAUUCGUUUGCACUGUUGCCCUCUGGCAAAUGCUUCAUGUCCAUCAAAUCCCGAACAAACAGACUCAAAAACUGUUUUUUACCCCACUACAAUACGGACACUGAACACUGCGAGUCACUUUCACACACCGUCUGCAACAAGUUGCACCAUCACACCAGGACUUAGGGACUGAGCCCCUCGGGUAGAACCCACGGGUCAUGGAAUUUCUGGAAUAUCAUGCAAUUUUGGAAAACCUAUUCCAGACAUGAAAAGUCAGGGAAUUUUAUCAUUUUGGGGCCAAAGUCAUGGAAUAUCAGGGCAGGGACACUAUAUUGCUUUUACAUUGUUAUGUUUUAGAUUAGAUCUCCUAGUCCCAUAUAACCCACCCAGACCGCUACGAUCACAGAAUACUGGCCUUUAUGUAAUUCCAAGAACCUCAAAAACUACAGUAGGAGGCAGAGCUUUCUGCUAUCCCCACCCCUCCUGUGGAAUAAUCUCCCUUCCUCAAUUCGAUUAGCAGACACCCUCCCUAUUUUUAAGUCUAGACUUAAAACAUACCUCUUUACUGCCUCCCAUAGGUAGGUAUGGU